CCACAUGGAUUGAAAAUAGAUAGGUUUAGAGGGUUCUUGUCAAUGAUGGUGAUAUCCACGAUCAUUGAAACUACAGUACAUCAUUUCCACAAUAAUGGCUUUUGGGAACCGUGUUGUGAUAACGUGUGUGAUUAUGGACUACGAGGCAGUGUGAAGGAAAUCUCAGAACACAGCACGCAGUUGAAGUUCAGAAUGGCUCGUAACGUGGCAGUGACCUCCCUCCUCGUGGCUCUGUGCCUCGUAGCAGCAGUUGCUGGACACAGAAGCUACGGUUCUGGUGGACACAGACCUCUUGGUGUCCACGGCAGUGUCCAUUCAUCUGCUGGUAUCCACGGAGGUAGCGCUCAUGGCGUAGGACUCGUAGGCUCUGGCAUCCACGGCGCUGGAUCCUUCGGUGCUGGAUCCUUCGGCGCUGGAUCCUUCAACCCCGCCCAUUUCCCUGGUCUUGUGCCUGGUUUCGGCUUCCACCUCAACCAACCCGCAUCUGGUUACAACAAGUGCAAGUACUGGUGCAAGAGUAGUUACACUAAUCAGUAUUAUUGCUGCCAACAGUCUUAUUAUGGCUAGAUUCAUAGUUCAGUAUUGUACUGACUAUACCGUGGACGAACCAGUAUAUCUCUUAUAUGGACAAAGUUGUUUACUGCUUCUUAAAUAAAGAGUAUGUAAUCAGA